UGCGUCAGUGUAUUGGAUGGGUGAGAGUCGCACCGCCAGCUGCUGUGGAUAUAUCUGACAGUGCAGCAAGCAGCAGCAGUUCUGGCAUUAAGCAGUGUAGUAGUAGCAGCGGCAACAGCGAAGCAAACUGUGAAUCAAGGAAGGAGGAUGUCACGUCUGUCUGUUGCUGUUACAGAAUAGUUGACGAGGCUCGUCCGAGUUUUUCGUGCACGAGCUCAAACCGGGCAAUUCCCCGGCAAUAAUGCCAGGAUGUCAAGCUUCAAUAGGAAUGCCACUGUUCAGAAAACAGCAGCUGUGAUUGACUAUGACCGCCAAUUCAAGGAAGACUUAGAGCGAGCACAAGCCCUAAGUUUAGAAAGUUUGGCUUUGGAAAAGUUUAGGCAGCAGAAGCAACAAGCUCAGUAUGGGAACAACUGUACACAGGAGAGCUUCAACAUUCAGAGCUCGAGUUCUAGUAUUUCUAAUUGUAAGACAACAGAGACUAAUGGCUCUUCUACCGAAAAUAAAUUCCAGUUGAGGAGUAGGCCUAGGCCUGAAAGUAAUUCAAACCAGUCUAGAAAUGGAAUGAUUGUACAUAUCCAGCCUCCUCCUAUCCCAAGUAGAAGGAACUCAACAACAAACAAAAAACCUGCAGCUGAUUUGAUCAAUUUCACAAGUCCUGUAAAGCAAGAUAGCUUGUCAGAAUAUUGUAGUGCUCCUCCAAUGUUACCUCCAAAAACUAUAAUAGAACCAAAAUGGGACAACCAUCCAGGAUUAAUGAGGAAAAAUUCACGUGUUUCAAGAAGUAAUAGUUCAGCUGCAGCAUAUCAAACAACAGAUUUUAGAUAUAACAUGGCAACAGCUCCAAUCCCAGGACCAAAAUGCUCAACAGCUCCUUCUACUCCAGGCACGCCUAGCAUCAGUCCCGUUUCAUCCAGAUCUGGAAGUAUUUGUAAUAAUAUUCCCGAUAUAAUUCCACAGCUUACCUGGAAUCGUUAUAUAUUUAGAACUUACAUUCUCCAGAUACCGCCGUUGCCAGUGAAUUAUAGACCGGCAAUCGCUCCACCACCACCACCACCUGCAUUAAAUAAUCUUCGGCAGUCGCCUUACGCUGCUGAUGAUUCGCAUUUGAGUGUAUUAAAAGUCGUCGAAAAGAAACCUAAUAAUAAUCUUAUCGAUCUUUGCGUUUAUGAUCAUAAACGUGUCGAGGACAAGGGCAAUGUUCGAGUGAGCGUACUCGAGGCUUUUGAUCCUCUCCUUACCAAGGUCUCUCCCAGUAAACCUGAUGAGCCGUCGAGGAGCGCCAAGGAUUCUGACGAUGAUACUCAAUCAGCAAUGGAGCGAUCUGUCUACGAUCCGUUCGAUCCGUUCGAUUAUAUGUACAGUACAAGUGAAACAGUCAAUUCAGACCCAGUGUAUGCCGCUGUUGAUAAAUCCAUGAAGUCGCCAGCAACUUCUCCAGCUGCGCCUCCUCCACUUCCUCCUAGAAAUUCAUCCGCAUGGAAUACCAUUGAGAGAAGACGAACGUCAUUAGACAGACGGCAAAAACGACAAACACGUUUGUAUGAAAAUGUAAAUGUUGUGAAAGCCCGUGCGUCUCUACACGAUUGCGAUCUAUUGGCAUUCCAUAAGAUGGUCAAAUCAGUCAGAGGGGAAUUUCCAUUUAAUGAUCCAAGUACAAAUAUAGGCCACGUGGUCAGCCCUAUGAUUGAUAGUUCAUAUCCAGAUAGCACAAGCAUUAAAUUAGUAGUACAUUCUAAAAUGUUAAGUGAUACUAAAGACAGAUCACCGUCUAUAUCAUUUACCUGUGACGUGAAUUGCAACAUAGAACAUGUAAUUCUCAACGUUGCUUGCUCAUUAGAAGACGAAGAUACUGUUAAUGUCGAUAAGUACUGUCUUCGAGUCUGGGGUUUGGCUGAAUAUUUGGCUGCAAAUACUAGUCUUGCGCAGUACGAGUAUGUUCAUCAAUGCAUUAAAUUAGAAAAGGAUAUUGAACUUGCCAUUGAAACUAAAGCCCAAAUGAAAAGAUCUAUUGCUCGAAGCGUACUUGAUGAUAAUCGAGAACAGUGCCUAAAACUCGAAGAUAUUCUUCCGAACGAGCCGCUUCAGCCCAUUUCUUAUGAUACCCUUCUCAUUUUACUAGAAACGGUUGAGAAGGAAAUGGAGCGCGUCGAAACUACAGCAGCACAAUUAGCCAUUUCAAACAACGGACAGAGCCUCCUGGGCCAACUACAACCACGAGGUGUAGUGCAAGCUGUAAAAGCAGUCUGUGCGCUGAUGGGUAACGUUGAGACGUACGAAAUAUCUGAGGCAGUCGACAAUUUCGUAAACGCUUGCUGCAAAUUCUUACCGCAAGUGCAUACUGCCAAUAUUGAGUGUAAAAAGCCGGAGAUUUUGCACGAAGAUGGUGACUAUUCCGUUGUGACGUUGAGAACAAAAUUUCCGGACGUAAUUUCGUCACAUUGCAAUAAAAUCCGAGAUGCUGUGCAAGAUCUCGUGGAGACGUUUUGUCACGCCUUCUGCGUCGAUUUUCAACUCAACAGUCGAGGCGAAAAUCCUACGAAUAGCUUAGUUUCGUCGCAGGUAAUAGACACGGUUUUAGUAAGAGUUGGAGCAUUACACAGAUUACCAAGCUCAUGGAAGCAUGACGACUACAUUGUCGCCGCACAAAUUUUUCACGGCACACGUCCUGUUGGCAAUCCUGUGCUAUCCGAGCCUAUGACUGUUGGACAGUCGAACUUUUACCCUAGAAUUCUAUUUAAUUCUUGGUUAGAAUUUCGAGGCGUGAGUGUAUGCCAAGUCCCACGAGAAGCGAGAUUAGUGCUCGUUCUUUACGGUAGGACUCAGCAGACCGAUGAAAAUCACGAGUCGAAUUCGAGUCAGGGAUUCAUGGAGAAAGAAGAACUAGGUUGGGGAGCUAUUCAGUUCUUUGAUUACGACGGUGUCAUGAGCCAGGGAAGCUUUUUUCUAUCAUUAUGGCCAGCCAUAGCGGAUAAGAGAUUAGGUCCUGCGCCUGCGCCCGGAAUCCAUCCGCACGGUAAUACACAUCCAAUAAUCGGUUUGGAAUUGCCGGAUUACGGUGGGAAAGUACUAUUCCCUACAGAGUUGCGAGAUCACGAUAUUGAAUCUCUUGAUUUUAAUUCCUUGGAUCAAAAUACUCAGGAAUUGCUUUUAUAUAUUACAGAACAAGAUACUUUCUCAAGACCGCCAGUGGAUGAGCGAGAAAUUUUGUGGGAAAAGAGGCAUUAUUUACAUGAAAAGCCUGAGGCCCUACCAAAAGUUCUCCUUGCGGCUCAUAGUUGGGACUGGGCCUGUCUACCCGAUUUACAUGCUUCGUUGCGUGUUUGGAGUCCACUUCCGUCCGUCCAAGCCCUUCAGUUGUUAUUACCAUGUUUCCCGGAUACGAAAGUUCGAGAAUUGGCAGUGGAGCGCAUAAGAGAGCUCACAAACGACGAGUUAAUUGAUUAUUUGCCUCAAUUACUACAAGCACUGAAACAUGAAACGUACGAAGCUUCGCCGCUCGCUCGAUUUUUAUUGGAAAGAGCAUUAAUUUCGCCCCGCGUUGCCCAUUAUAUUUAUUGGUUAUUGAAUCAAGCGUUACCCGGUCAAAGCCCUCAAAACUCUGCAGAAACUUCAUUGCAAGAUGACAAAAGCUUGAGCUUCGCACGGUACCAUCGCAGAUUACAAUUAAUGCUUCGUGCCUUACUAGCGGUUAUUGGCGAUGCUCUGCGAAAUAGCUUCCUUGCGCAACAAUUCCUUGUUAAAAAUUUACACGAAGUAGCGGAGAAUAUAAAGACGACCAAAGAAUCUUUAAGACUUGAAACAUUAAAGCUUGGAUUGCAAAACAUUAACAGUUCAUUGGUUGAGGAUGAGGGAACAUGCCUGCCAUUGUCUCUUAGUCGACAAGUCGUUGGGAUUAAUGUUCAAACUUGUUCCUAUUUUCCGUCUUUUACAUUACCACUUAAGAUUAACUUUGUCGGGUGCGAUAAUGUUAUUAGUCCUGCAAUUUUCAAGGUCGGCGAUGACUUGCAACAAGACAUGUUGACUCUACAAAUGGUCCGAAUAAUGGAUAAACUUUGGCUGAAGGAAGGCCUCGACUUAAAAAUGGUUGCCUUUGCGUGCGUACCAACUGGUCAUAAACGUGGAAUGAUCGAAAUGGUUACCAAUGCUGAGACUUUGAGGAAAAUUCAAGUAGAGUUCGGUCUCACUGGUUCUUUCAAGGAUCGUCCAAUUGCUGAAUGGUUGGCUAAACACAAUCCUUCGGAGUUAGAAUACCAACGCGCCGUAGAAAAUUUCACCGCUUCAUGUGCGGGUUACAGCGUAGCUACUUAUAUUUUGGGUAUUUGUGAUAGGCACAACGAUAACAUUAUGCUUAAAACUUCUGGACACUUAUUUCACAUUGAUUUUGGGAAAUUUUUGGGAGAUGCACAGAUGUUUGGUAAUUUCAAAAGAGAUCGUACACCAUUUGUAUUGACUUCGGAUAUGGCCUAUGUAAUUAACGGUGGAGACAAACCAUCGGCGAAAUUCCAUCACUUUGUUGAAUUAUGCUGCCAGGCAUUUAAUAUUGUUAGAAAACAUGGAAACUUAAUUUUGCAUCUUUUCGGAUUGAUGACUUCCUCGGGUAUACCUGGAGUGACAAUGGAUGCAGUGAGUUAUGUCCAACGAGCCCUGCUACCAGGACAAACGAAUCCUGAGGCUGCGGCGACCUUCGCCAGAAUGAUCGAGAGCUCGCUAAAGAGCUGGUUCACGCAAUUCAACUUCUUUUUACACAAUCUUGCUCAAUUAAGGUUCAGCGGAGAACAUAACGAUGGAGAGCUAUUGUCCUUCAUUCCCAAGACUUACACAAUGCAACAAGAGGGUCAAUUAACGAGUGUACAAGUUCACGGUUACCAAAAGAGAUACGACCCAGAGAAGUAUUAUAUGUACAUUUUAAAAAUUCAAAGGAAAAGCCAGACGGAUCCCACCUACUUAUUCAGAUCUUACAAAGAAUUCUGCGAAUUCUAUCAAAAAUUGUGCAUACAUUUUCCUCUUGCAAAAGUUACUGGGUUGCCUAGUGGAAUGAGUGUCGGACGAUCGAAUAUCAAGCAAGUUGCGGACAAAAGACGUGCCGAUAUUGAAAAAUUUUUACAGAGCCUAUUUGAAAUGGCUCCAGAAAUUUCGCAAAGCGAUCUUGUGUACACCUUUUUCCAUCCACUUUUACGUGAUCAACAGAAUGCUGAUAUACAUCUUCGCAAAGUUAAAGUUGGUAAUUGGUGGGCUGAGAAGAAAGUCAGAGAAAAAGCCCAAGGUGGUCAAAUAAAAUUAUCCCUCAAUUACACCCGUGGAACAUUUUGCGUUAUGGUUUAUCAUGCGCGAGGAUUACCAAAAGUGGCUAAUGCUCAGGAGCCCAACACCUAUGUAAAAGUCUAUUUAAAGCCAGAUCCAACAAAAGCAACGAAGCGGAAGACAAAAGUUGUUAAGAAGAAUUGCCAUCCGUCAUUUAUGGAAAUGUUGGAGUAUCGAAUGCCUAUUGGAGUGAUUAAAGAAAGGACUUUGGAAGCGACAAUAUGGAACCAUGACACUCUACAAGAGAACGAAUUUCUGGGUGGUAUCCGCUUGCCACUUAGUCGGAUAGAUUUAACGAAGGAAAUCAUCGAAUGGUUUCCGCUGGGCGGUAUUCGAUGAAUAAUCGUGCAACAGAUGAUAAUGUCUGUUUUGUACUAAGGCUGUGGUGAGAGAAUUUAUAGUUGAUCUACGUCCGGUGGUUUAUUUCACGUGUUCAAACGAUGCGCACAAUUACUGAGAUGCAAAAAAAAAAGAAAAAGAAAGAAAAAAGAAAAAAAUUAACAAAUAACUACACGAAAUGACAAGAAUAAUAUUUUCAAACAUGUAGUUUUUUUACACGAAAUCUUUCGCGUUUUAUACACAAGCUACUGCGUUGCUUAUUAAAUGAUAUCAUUGUGAUUUAUACAAAAGAAAAUGCUUGCUACCAAGCCAGAAAUCAAACUGGUAUGAUCAAUUGUGCAAGUUUGGAUACGAUUUAUUUAUUCAUAGUGAAUUGAUUUUUUUACGAAUUUAUUAUCAAUAUACAUGUACAUAGAGUUAUUAAUAAAUUUUUCACUGCUGUAGCGGUAUAAUUGAUAGUUUAAUAGUAAGGCUGCGAUUUUAAGUCCAAAAAUAACGAUAUUUCUCACUUAUAAUCUUAACAUUAUUUCAAAAAAUACAUUACCUGCAAGUAUACACGCUAAGAUACCGAAAUGUUCUCGCGAAUUCAGCAAUGUAACCUUUACAUUAAGCAAGCAGUAUGUAUGUAUUAUUAUAAAUAUUCAAUGAUUGUAAUCAUCUAAUUUUGUCAAUUAUACAAACUUAUCGUUAAUAUAAUUUGAUGUCUUUAUUAUACUUAUUACGUUUAUUAUUAUUAUUUUAAUUUUUAUUGUCAUUAAUAUUGUUAUGUGCUUCAUAUUGACUGCGCUAUUAUGAUAUUAAAAUGAUCAAAUACGUCAUUUUUAUUGUCGGCAUAAUUGAAUGAAAAAAUAAAUUUAAUACUUUCUAUGAAGAACUG